AAUAAUUAUCACGUAUUUAGGACGAUUUUUUAUUUUUUGAUAUUAAAUUAGCAAUCGUUUUGCUUUAAUUAUUUGCAGUUGUACAAUGAAGAACAAUUAAUAAUAGAAUGAUAUGUCUGAUAACGUCAUAUCUGGCGUUGCGUUAAAUAAGUUAGGGAAAAAACAAGGAGUUUGAUAUCACAACGCGACACCAAAGUAUGACUUUAUGAAAAGUCUUAUUUUCCGUGAACAUUGUCGUCUCUAUAUUAAUAUUAUAAAGGCACAAAAUCCGAUUGUGCCAUUCUCAGCACAGCACAUACUUGCGGCAGUUGCGACGUUGCGACUCAUAAAAUCAGCUAAAUUUUGAAUUCCCUAUUCCAGCCAAAAAUCUUACAAUGAAAGGAGGCAUGGAAGAUGACUUUUUGAAUCUUCUUAAGGCUGCUGGAAUAGUAGUUGUUGGUGGAGUUUUAGUGUUUUCUUCAGGAGGAUUCACCCUGCUCGGUGCUCCGACUGUGAAAGGAGUAGCAUUUUAUGGCUUGUCAAGUACCAUAAAAAAGCUUGCUCCCUUAGCGGCCAUUACAAUCCUGUCAUCUACAUGCCCUAAUGCAGUUGCUUAUUUGACAAAUAUCACCUGUGACACAAUAUCUAAAAUUCUGCAUUCCCUAGCAAACUUAGCUAUUGAGAUUUUAAAUGCCAUUAAGGAAUGGCUUGUAACAUUACUUUCCAUGAUUGCCAAAGUCGCAAUUGAAGUUGGUUCUGGAGUUAGUGAUUUCAUUUCCGUUGUUGCUAUGAGUUUUGCUGCAUUAGAAAACAAUUCAACGAGGGGCAAUAAAAAAGCGGCACCAUGCCAAAGUGCGAGCAAUACCAAAAACAACAAAAACCAAGAGCAAAAAAAGGAAGAGAGAAACCACCUAUCGGGCGGAAAUUUCCAUUUUGACCCAAAUAAGGACAGGGACUUUACUAAUGGAAAGCCCACCUGUAAGCUGGAUGCGAGAGGUGUCAUUGCACAACUUGUAAAGGCUUUCAAAGAGGCUCGGAAGUUGAUUGAGAAUGGACUGAAGCAAAUUGAUUGUAAAAAUAGAAAAUUUGGACAUGAAUAUAUCCCAGCCAAAAAUUGGAAGGUUACAAGAGUGGACACGAUCCUGGUUCGCUGCGGCAAAACACUGAAAAGAAUGGCAUUCCCAGUUGAGAUGGUAGCCGAAGUUAAAGUUGAAAUCAGUCCAACCAAUUAUGUCGAAUACACGGCAUGCAUUAACUUGGACAACCCUAAAAUGAGUUUUGAUGGGAACGGGCCACAUGGACCCCACGUGGGCUACGACUUUGGCCGAAUUGGAGGCGAAGGACCUAGGGGUCACACAGGACACAUUUUGCUUAACUACAAUCAUCAGCUGCCCGACAGACAUAGAAAUUUUAGCAUCGAUGAAAUGAUGAUGGAGAAUCACAUUUCAGAUGAACCUCUUGAGCUUAUCGACCCGAUGGCUCUUUUAGAAGGGCGGUUUGAAGGUGAAGAAUUCCGCAUCGAGAGGAUUGAUAGAUAUGAUGGGUAUGAUGAGGACAUCAAAGAAUUUGUUUCGCUGGAAAAGCGACAGGAAGAUUAUAAGAAUAUCCUGGACGAGUUUCCAAAUCCCAAAUCGUUUGAAGGACCUGAAAAAAAAUGAAAAUGACAACUUUAAUUACCUAUUUUGUUAUAUAUUGUUGCCAAAAACACUUAUUGUAUUGUCACGGCACAUAUAAUUUCAUAUUAAGGCAUAAUAAUAAUAUGAGCAUAUUUGUAUACCUAAAUAUUAAAAUAUUCAUUUUAUUGCAGCUAAUACUGCAAUUUUAAUGGUUCCAAUAGUAAAUAAAUGUAUUUUUUUUUAA